AUGGCGGAGGUGCAGGCAGUCAUCUCCUACCCCCCAGCACACAGCCCCUCUCCUCCACCUGCAGGUGGGGUCUGCUGGCUCCAGCAGGGCUUGGAGGCCACCUGCAGCUUGGUCCUGCGAACGCACGUGAGUCAGGCGGACUGCUGUGCUUCGGGUAGCGUGGACACUGCCUGGUCCAACAUCAGCCACCCCAGCAACAAGAUCAGCCUGCUGGGCCUCCUGGGCCUUGUCCACUGCCUGCCCUGCAAAGAUUCGUGCGAGGGCGUGGAGUGCGGCCCGGGCAAGGCCUGCCGCAUGCUGGGGGGCCGCCCGCGCUGCGAGUGCGCCCCCGACUGCACUGGGCUCCCCGCGCGCCUGCAGGUCUGCGGCUCGGACGGCGCCACCUAUCGCGACGAGUGCGAGUUGCGCGCCGCGCGCUGCCGAGGCCACCCGGACCUGCGCGUCAUGUACCUUGGGCACUGCCGCAAGUCGUGCGCGAACGUGGUGUGCCCGCAGCCGCAGUCGUGCGUGGUGGACCAGACGGGCAGCGCGCACUGUGUACUGUGCCGCUCGGCGCCCUGCCCGCUGCCCUCCAGCCCGGGCCAGGAGCUUUGCGGCAACAACAACGUCACCUACAUCUCCUCGUGCCACCUCCGCCAGGCCACCUGCUUCCUGGGCCGCUCCAUCGGCGUGCGCCACCCGGGCAGCUGCUUAGGCCCGCCCCAGCUGUCCCUUGCUGAGUCAGAAGAAGAGAACUUCGUGUGAGGGGGGCAGGCCCGGCCCGGAGUUCGAGGCUGUCCUUGGUUUAUUUAUUGCCACAACAGAGUUUAAUUUAUGUCCCACGGACACUUGGCUCCGCAGCUCGCCCACACGCCAGCAGCUUGGAAGGAGGCCUGAGGGGUGUGGGCAGUGUGCGGCCUAGAUCUGCCUUUGGCCACUUAGCCAGGAAACCCUGCCGCGAGGCCCCCUUCCGCCCUGGAGGACCCCAGACUUCUCCUGUGCUCCCUCACACCCUCCCCCAGCCCAGGAGCUAGGAUUAAUUGCCCUCACUUGGCACUUCCAUCUGGGGCUUACUGGUCCCGGGAAGGACUUCCAGAUCUGCCCACUGAGCCUGGCCCAUGAUACAGCACCUGAGGCCAGACUGACCGGGAACAGUGGGCCCCAUCAGCCCAAUCUCAGAUGCCCACUCUCUACGCUGACUCCGUUUCCCCACCACCCAGCUGGGGCUCCUGGGAAGGGGGUGAGGUCCCUGGCCCAGGUUGGGGUGUCAGCACAGGGGCCUACCCUAUCACCACAUGAUGUCACCAAACCAGGUUCCCAGGGUAGGGGCCCAGAGUGCCCACAGUGUGUGCCCUGGCCGAAGCUGCAGACCCAGUGAGUCCAGAGCACCAGCCCCUUGUCCGACCGAAGUCCCUUGUCACCCUGUGCCUUUGUGUCCACAGGAGGCUCAGCCUGGAAAUGGGGGUUGUGGGGGGUCCAUGGGGUGCAGGGUCUGUGUUUAUCACCUUCCUUGGGUCCCCCAGAGGUGUCUUCCCAAUGAUGUCCAGAUAGCACCCUUGGAGCUAGGGAGCUUCCCCAGGCCCCCCAACAAGGCACCCCCACCCUGAGGUGCUGUCUCACCAAAGAAAUAAAGACUGAAAAGCCA